AUUCUCACAAAAUCACCUCUUUGCACGAAACAAAAACCCUUCAAAAUGGCCCUGGGUGCUGGGAUGUCUUUUGAAAUGGUCUUGGUUGAUUCUGGUGUAAAAAUCAGAAGUAUUUCAAACUCUUUUGAUGCUUCUGACCUUUUGAUCAACCCUGUCUUGACAGAGGUGGAUGAUUUUAGGCAAAUGCUUCCUUCUGAUGGACUUGCAUUGACAAUAAUGGAACCUAAACCUAGAUUCCAGCCUCUCCAGGUGCGUGAAGAGAGAUCCAAACAAUUCCCAAGGAAGACUAUUGCUGAGCUAAAGGCCUCUCUCGAGAUAAUUUGGAGGUGUGACAAAUGUAAUACAAACGUCUCCUCUGUUGAAGCAAGGUACUGGCUGCAUCUAGACGUUAUGGAUAACACAGGGGAGAGCAAACUUAUGUUGUUUGAUAGUUUUGUUGAACAAAUCAUAGGUAUUCCAGCUUGUGAUCUCGUGGAUCCCACAACUGAAGAGCUUGAUGAUCCCCUGCCACUCCCUGAUGUUGUGAAAAACAUCAUUGGUAAAACAUACCAGUUUGCUCUUUCUGUUGAGCAAGAUAACAUCUCAAGAGGAAAUGAUGAAUUCAAAGUUUCUGAGGUUUUAACAAGUCAAAACCUUAAUCACCCUGCCCUUGAACCUGAAGUUGAUUAUCCUGUUGAUCUUUCGUCCAUGAGUUCCAGUGACCAGGUUUUGAUGCUGACUAAUAGUUCUCAUAAGGAUGACACUACUAAUACUUCACUGUCUACACCAUCAUCAAAGAGAAAAGAAGAUACUUCGGAUGGAUCUGAUCAAAACUCCACAAGCAAGAAACAAUGCACUGGAAUACAAUCUGAUGUCAAAGACGAUGGUGUCAUUGAUUUAGACACUCCGGAGAAAAAUGAUCAGUCUACUGAUGUUAAAGUCCAAGGUGUCAUUGCUGUAGAUGAUUCGAAGGAACAUGAUCAGCCUAACUUCAUACACAAACUUGAUGAGGCAGGUCAAGAAGCCAUCAACAAAGUAAGUGAAGCAGAACAGAAGAAAGUUCUUUUGAAGAAGAUUAAGAUUGAGAAGCUCGAAGGCCAGAAGGGAGCAAAGUGAGUUGAGUGAAGACUCAUCAAUCUAAAAUAAUGUUGAUCUCAUGGA